AUGAAGACUUCCGCCGUCAUCUCCUCUCUGCUCUUCCUGGCUUCCAGCGUCUCUGCUGAUGGUCGUUACUGCUCUUGGCCACUUAAGCGUGUGAUCACGAGCGUCAGGCCCGUUUGGACUGACCCGCAACUCGUCGGCGGCGUGUUUGUUGGCCCUUCCUCAACCACUGGCACUAUCGCAGCCGGCUACACGUACACCGAGUCGUGGAGUAUCACUGGCAGUAUAUCUGGUUCCAGUGGCUUGGCUGGUAUUGUAACCCUCGGUGUCUCGACUUCCUACGGACAAACAACUGCCAGGGGUACCUCCUUGACCGUCAGCAUCGCGUGCCCGGCCAACGUCCGUUGCGGUAUCACGGCCUCUACCUACGUUCUCGAGGUCAACGGUACCGAGACCCUCUACCGUUGCGGCAGCAAGGACAAGUACGACACGCAGUACCCUUGCCAAGACUCAGCCCCGGACCACUGCCCUACAACAUUCUGGAACACUACCGACGGUGUCACGAAGCCCUUUACUGCCUACAUCCCCCUGGCCAAGAGCUCUUCGAAUGUUAACGAGCUGCUCGCUGUCAACUACAACGCUUGCACGGCGGGGACGCCUUACGCGGGUAUCGCGACCUGCCCCGGAUACUAG